CGCAUAGUCCUCUCAUUCACCUCUAAACGUAUCCCAGGGGGAAUGUUCGCUGCCAUGUCUAACAACACUGAAGCUAACUAGCAAACUCACUCUAGCUUAAGGCCAAUUCCGGGCGAAAUUUUACACAAAUAAGCAUUUGUUUGUAAACCAGAGCAUGUGACUCUAAUUUGCGGAAAGCAUGGUUAGUUAUCCGACUCUGACACCAUGUUUGAAUGUUAAAUGACGAGACAGAGGCAUUGAUGCGAGUAACCAGUCUUGUUCAGUACAUGACAACACAUCCGGGUAUCUCAAGCACCCCGGUAAAACACAAGAGUUGCAGUAAUGAACAUUUACCAACAGAUGGCAUCACUGCGCCAGUCACGUCAACUCAACAGAUGGAAUAACAUCAAAGUGUGCCUCCCGUGUGGCGCAGUGGUUAAGGGCGCUGUACUGCGCACUAGAGACUCUGGGUUCACACCCAGGCUCUGUCGUAACCGACCGACUGGGAGGUCCGUGGGGCGAUGCACAAUUGGCAUAGCGUCGUCCGAGUUGGGGAGGGUUUGUCCGGUAGGGAUAUCCUUGUCUCAUCGCACACCAGCGACUCCUGUGGCGGGCCGGGCGCAGUGCACGCUAACCAAGGUUGCCAGGUGCAUGAUGUUUCCUCCGACACAUUGGUGCGGCUGGCUUCCGGGUUGGAUGCGUGCUAUGUUAAGAUGUUAUGUUGGGUUGUGUAUUGGAGGAUGCAUGACUUUCAACCUUAGUCUUUCUGGAGCCCGUAUGGGAGUUGUAGCGAUGAGACAAGUAGCUACUAACAAUUGGACACCAUGAAAUUGGGGAGAAAAGGGGGGUAAAAAAAAUAAUAACAUCAAAGUAGCUGAAUUUGCUGUUUUCUAGUGAUGUUUAUUUGGAUUCAUCCAUUCAUCCAUCUAUACAUGUUGAGGGAUGACAGUGUUUCCUUCCAGUUCUCUGCUGCCAAUGACUGGAACGAAUUGCAAAAAUCUGAAGCCUUAUCUCCCUCUCUAACUUUAAGCAUCAGCUGUCUGAGCAGGUCUGGCCGGGUCGCAGUUGUAAAUGAGAACCUGUUCUCAACUGGCCUGGUUAAAUAAAGGUGAAAUACAAUUGUUUUUUUAAAGUCAAUUUCAUCUAGUCUUAAAAUGAGAAAAUGUAUUUUAUGUUAUUCAUAGUUGGUUUAAUAGCUGCAGUAUUACUACCUACAUUUUAAUAUAAUAUUGAGUGGAUUUGGGACAUUGCUGGGAAUAUUCUGGUCCUAAAAUUGCAGCUUUGGCUCAGUUCAGGCUUGGGCCUAGUCUGUACCGUCAUUCAUUUCGGUCUUGGGGCGGAUCCGGCUGCCAGACCCGGGCCAGCAGUUUGUGAUGUUUGUGUUUGUGCUACUUGGGGAGUAAUCAGUAUCAAGCAUCACAAAUGACACCCUAUUUCCUAUAUACAGUAGUUCACUACUUAUGACCAGGCCCCUAUGGGCCCAUAUGACUGGAAUAGAGCAGUCUUCAGCAUCCAGAACAGCAUCAGUUAAGACAACACCGGUUUGUGUUUGCCACCAGAGAAGCUAGCAUGAGUGUUUAGCAUCAGUAUUUGGAGUUACUGAGUGUGACCAACAGUUUGAAUGCAAUUAUUCUGCAUUCUAGACGAUGAUGUUAGCCCCCUGAACAAAAACCAAGGUAUUUGUUUAGUCAGUUUCAGCAUCAUUCCUGUACUGCGCUAUUUGUGAGGCUUUUUAUAGGCUAGCAAACUGAAUGGAGCUUUUACUAUUGCUGAACUAUAUCUGAGUCAUGAACAGUUCUUAGUCUACUUUUUAGGGGCACUUCUUAAUGUGUAAUUCAUCUCUGAUCUUCUGAUGCAGUGCUCCCUUUGAAAAAGAGACUUUAGUCUCAGUGGGGCUACCUGCUUAAAUAAUGGUAAAUAAAAGAUGAGGACAUAGAGUCUAUCAGACUGAGAGAUCCUUGAUAUAAUUGAAUAAAUCCUAUGGCUACAUUUGGGGCCAGGGGUUAUACAAUGGGCAUCUUCUAGUCGCUGUCUGUUCUUACCAUGAUAUAUUUUGUGUUAUAUUCAUUUUACCCAUAAACUUAAUAUGUUGUGCACCUGACUGCCCCCUCUUUUCUUGAUUGUGUGCAUUAGAAUUAUCCCCAGGUUAUAGGAAAUUGUGGCAUCUAAACUUUUUGUUAUUGUUGUAUUUACCACUAGAAUGUUUGGGUGGUGCUCUCAGUGGCAGAGUUUGUGAUAUUUAUAGUAGGCCUACUGAGCAAAUGGUUGACACUAGAUGCUGCUCCCCAUAUGGACAGCUUAGGAUCAUUUAGGUGGCAGGUUAGGAUCAUUAACGUGGCUGGUUAGGAUCGUUUACAUGGUAGGUUAUGAGAAUUAGGUUAGGAAAAGGGUUAGGGUUAAAUAAAAUGCUGGUCGUACAGUAGUUGUACUCUCCCUAGUCACAAACACCCUUCAUUGUUCAAACCAUAGAGAAUUAUUAUAGGCACAGAGUUUCUAAACCCAGAGUCGCAACAUCGCAAGACUUCUGGAAUCUCUUGCGAAGCAGACUAAGUAGACCAGGCCGGGGUUUGAGUUCUUCAUUUUCUCGAAAUCUAAAGUCACAACCUAAAUUCGAGCCAAUUGAGAAUUUGAACAUGUUAUUACUCCAACUUCGUGACAGUGACAAACUGACACGUUUUUGUUUUCGUCAAAAACGACUUAAUACUGUAGGAGUGCCUUUGCUUUGACUGCCUGCACUUGCGCAGUUGAGCGGAAACUCAACCGGAUGCGUCAGUCACACUUGUACAUCCUGUGAAUCAUCUGGCUCAUCUGUGACGUAAUGUUUACUUCAAACACGGAAAAGCAAGCAGAAGAAAUUGCACAGCGGUCCGUUCUCUCUUCGUAUCUACAGAGUGAGGAUAUAAGCAUCUUACAUGCCAAUUCACGACAUUUAUUCACAAUAAUAGUGGCAGAAAACGUCAACUGCCCUUGACCAGGCUACAGCACAUACAGAGAUGACAUCUGCAGGCGAUCAGGACAUUAAGAAACAUUUCAUAAAAUGUGGAGAAACACAAGAUGCAAGGAAAUACCUACAACAGGUGUCUGAUGCAGUGUUCAAACAUCGUCAUGCUAGUAUUGCUCUCAGGAAGCCAGAGAAAUCAGAGUGGAAGAUUGCGGGCCUGGAUGACACGUCCUACAAAGGAGAAGAGGAAAUGAAGGAGUGGGAGAACUUCUACCUACCAGACAGUGUGAAGAUGGAGGUGUUAGGAGCUGUGGAAAACCUCCCCUACCCGACAGAGAGUGGCCAGCUGGUCAUAAUGCUGUGUGUGGACCGUCAGGUGUAUGCUUAUGACGGAGAGGAGAUGCACCUGGUCGCUCAGAGCCUGGAGGAAGUCUUUGUCUCUGGGCUUCAGUAUCCUGGCAUCAAGUCCUUCUACAGAGGGGAGUGCUUUAAGGACAUGACUAAAGAAGACUGGGCCAAGGUAAGACAGGGCAAAGUGGGGAGGAGACUUGAAAAGGAGCACCAGGAUUUACUGAGACAAGCCAAACCCAGCUUCCUGAGUUGUCUUGACUCCAUCAAAGGAGCAAGCCACACAGUCACAGGUGCCAGUAGCUAUCACAAACCAGUGGAACCUCCAACAGUACUUGAUGGACUUCUUACGGUUGAAAUCCUGUGAACGGGAUCCAAAUUCAAACAAAUCUCAUAAUUAAAAUUCCUCAAACAUACAAGUAUUAUACACCAUUUUAAAGAUACACUUGUUGUUAAUCCCACCACAGUAUCCGAUUUCAAAAAGGCUUUACGACGAAAGCAUACCAUGCGAUUAUGUUAGGUGAGUGCCUAGUCACAAAAAACAGCCAUUUUUCAAGCCAAAGAGAAGAGUCACAAAAAGCAGACAUAAAGAUAAAAUUAUUCACUAACCGUUGAUCUUUAUCAGAUGCCCCCCCCCCCCCCCACCCCCCCAAAAAAAGAAAUAUGCCGUCUGUAGCCUGCACUCUUAAUAGCUUUUGGAGAUUACGUGAUAUGUUUUUAAUAUGCCAGGUAGGCUACAUCGUUUGUAAAGCGGAUUGUGCUUAAUUUUAAGAAUUUAGCUAUGAAUAUAGCAACAUGAGAAAGCUGGGAUCCUCUUUUAAAUAGUAGCCACUCAAAACUCUGUUCUCACACACGAUUGCGCAAUGACUGGGCUUAUAAGAACCCAUUUCACUAGGCUUUGUAGGCUAUGGGCUCUCCAACUGUGUUCCAGGGGUCUUGGGACUACAUGCUACGUUUGGAGUUAUUUGGCCACUUUAGUUGUGAAUCAACCUUAUCAAAACAUAUAGGCCUAUGUGCUAGGCUACAUGAAGCUUGCGAGUAUGAUUAGAAAAACUCCCACAAAAAAAUGCAUGCGCUGUUUCUUGCCUUAGACUGCACACGCUGGGCAUCAUUCACAAGUGAUAAUAUUCUCACCCCCAUCAAACUAUUUUCAAUUUAAUCUAGUCUUUACACAUACUAAAUAAUAUGUGUGAAAUUGGUUUUUAUUUAGAAUUGGCCAUUAUCAUGCACCUGUUGGAACAGGGGAUGGGGGGAAAAAGACAUGUAGUCCUUAUGUCCUUGAAUAGCAAAUGGAGGAUGCGUUCCCCUAGGUAAAUUUUCUUGCCAGCCAGGUAGGCUACUCCAGUUGUAAAGCAAAACAAUGUGCUUAAUUUGAGGAAAGUUGAGAACUAAAUAUAGUCUAUAGAAAUCUGAUGGGAUCCUCCUCUUUAAAUACUUGGCGCACCCAUCCCGUUAGCGGGAUCAUUUUCGUCAACAUCCGCUGAAUUUCAGAGCGCCAAAUUCAAAUUAAAUUACAAAAAAUAUAACAUUUUCAUGAAAUCACAAGUGCAAUACAGCAAAACACAGCUUAGUUUGUUGUUAAUCCACCUGGCGUGUCAGAUUUCAAAAAAGCUUUACAGCAAAAGCUAUCCAAGCGUUUAUGUUAGGAUAUCUCUCUCAGCAGACAAAACAUUACAAACAGCUAGCAGCAAAGUAGAUUGGUCACAAAAGUCAGAAAAGCAAUAAAAUGAAUCGCUUACCUUUGAUCUUCGGAUGUUUGCACUCACGAGACUCCCAGUUACACAAUAAAUGUUCCCUUUGUUCCAUAAAGAUUAUUUUUAUAUCCAAAAUACCUCCAUUUGGUUGGCGCAUUUUGUUCAGAAAUCCACAGGCUCCAGCGGUCAUGACGGGGCAGACGAAAAUUAGUAUCCGUAAAGUUCUUAGAAACAUGUCAAAUGUUUUUUAUAAUCAAUCCUCAGGUUGUUUUUACAAUAAAUAAUUGAUAAUAUAACGUGACUAAAUGUCACAUGGAAUUUGACUGCGGUCAUGUCUCGCGACUGCCGGUGGGCGGUAAUAUGGUUACCUUAAUCAAAUCAAAUGUAUUUAUAUAGCCCUUCGUACAUCAGCUGAUAUCUCAAAGUGCUGUACAGAAACCCAGCCUAAAACCCCAAACAGCAAGCAAUGCAGAUGUAGAAGCAUGGUGGCUAGGAAAAACUCCCUAGAAAGGCCAAAACCUAGGAAGAAACCUAGAGAGGAACCAGGCUAUGUGGGGUGGCCAGUCCUCUUCUGGCUGUGCCGGGUGGAGAUUAUAACAGAACAUGGCCAAGAUGUUCAAAUGUUCAUAAAUGACCAACAUGGUCGAAUAAUAGUAAGGCAGAACAGAGUCUAUACUACCAACCAAUCACUUAAUCUGCCUCAGAAGCUCUGUGCUGGACCAAUCAAAUAUUUUGUGCACUAAUAAACAAAUAUACACAAAUUAA